AUGGUCGGGAACGAAAACGGAGAGUUAACGGAGGCGUCUUUGAAGAUUGACGAGAAGUGUCGAGAUGAUUAUUUCGAGACGGUGAAACGAGUCGCGGAUAAGGUCAUGGCGUAUCAUAAGAAGGGGAAAAUGCCGAGUGAAAAAGAUAUGAUGGAAUUUGCCCACGCGGUGGCGAACCAUCAAGUUUGGCACGUCGUCUGUUUGGAACGAAAGCUGGAUCGAGCGUGUCAAAAAGGAGGGGAGAACUAUAAAAAAAUUCGAGAGACGGCGUCGCAAACGAUCGACAACGCGAUUGAAUUUCUCGAAAAAGUCGGCAAUGAGAACAAAGCCCACCCUGAGACGCACAUGGGUCUGUAUCGACACGCGGCGAGAUUGUUGAGGCAAGUGGCAACCAUUCAGGAGCGAUACAAAUUCUCGCAGAGCGAAUGGAAGAAGAUUUCGAAACCGAUGAACGAUCCCGACGAUGGAGGGCCCAUGGGAGGCGAAGGUGGUGUAGUUGGCGCCGCGUGUAACAACGUCGCUAACUUAUACUAUUGGAAAAACUUAAAUCCGCCGACGAAGGAAGGCGAGGCGAUGUACGGCGGCGACGGCGCAAACUUCGCAGUGGCGAGAUUUUGGUUAGAAAAAGGCGCGAAAGCCGGAGACUUAAACGCGAGGAAAUCCCUAGGCGGGAUUAAAAUGCGCGCGCAAAUGGCUGGACUUGGUAUCUCCGUCGUCGAUAAAGGUAUGGACGAGAAAACAGGUUUACCGAUUGGAUAUAACAGCGGAAAAGUCGACGAGGAUAGCGUCGAGUACAGCGAAUCCGCCGUGAAUACCACGAGCGCCUUGGAGGAGUUCAUCGCGAACAGAAUGAAGAAAAAGGUGAAGAGGCGAAAGACGGAGCCGAAAGAUCGAGACCCGAACACGGGUGCUAAAGGAGAAUUCGUUUCCAAAAGAUGCAUCGUGGACGGUUUAGUCUCCAAACCGCACUUGAACGGCGAAGAGUGCGUCCCGUCCAAAUGGAGCGAAGAGAAGAAGCGCUACGGCGUGUACGAUUUCAACUCUGGCGGUUUGUGGAUUAAACCCGUGAACAUUAUUCCCAAAUCCGAAUACUACACGUACGUGACCGACGACGAUAAAAGCGACGACGAUUCCGACCACUCCGGCGAAGAAGACUCAGAAGACGAGGCGGCGAUGGCCGAGAAGCUCAGAAAAGCCAACUUGACCUCCGGCGGAAAGAACGCUCGAGACAUGCAAAGUUUGAAAUACUUUUCCACGUAA